AUGAUACCGGAUGAUAAUUCAAGCUUACUCCGGGUGCUCUAUCAGCUAGCGUUUGAGUAAAUCACCUAUCAGAAUAAAAAAUCUCAUAGUUCACCUUGCACCAAAGUGCAGUUACUAACUCUCGCUUCAAAAGAAAUGUACCCCAAGUGAUGUUCCAGUCAAUGAAACCCAUUGAAUAAAAAUAUCGCGUUGCCCUGUCGUCUUCCAGUCAGUCGUCCAACAAAGCUUGGCUGAGCGCGAUAAGAUUGUGUGCUGUGUUGCUUCAUUGAUGAGAUUAAUUUUAAUUACAGUGCGGGCUCGAUUGGAGGAGCGAACGAAGUGGGUUCCCCCAGUCAGUGCGUCAGUCAGUACCUAGUGUCUUGGUGCAUUUCGCCGCCAAACAACGGUCGUCGUCGGUCGGUCCGUAGGUCAAUGAGAGAUGGUGAAAAAUUGCAGCGGAAAUACGGUGACUUUUUAUCAGUUUGACACUUUUGUUCGGAAGAAUAAGGCCACGAACAGUGUCGGGGUUUUGUGUGCAUGCUUCUCAUCAAUCUUGGAGGUGCCUGGAAAAGUAGUGACAGCAGUGGCAGUUGUAGCCGAAAAUAGAAGAGACUGCAGCCUAUUUAAUGCGCCCAUAGAAUGCAUAGCGCACAUGAUACAAAGUUGAAAAUUGAAAAGCAUGUGGUACAUUGAAAACGGAGUCAUUGGUGCAGUGGUAGUUCUUCGUUAUGCCGAAUUUCUUUUUUCACAUUUGUUAUUAUUUUGGGUUCUGACCGACACAUUCGGUUUAGCUGUUUUUUUUUAGAAUUUAAUAAUAAAAAAAUAUAAAAUUUCAAAAUCAAUAGGAGAUAAUCAUUUUGUACAGCCACCUACAUUGUAGGUGAAUUCGUAAGGAUGUUUGUAAAAUUAUAACUGAGACACAGAUACUUGUUAUUAUGCACACUCGCCCACAAAUCAUCGCACAAACCAUUUCCCCCAGAAAAGAAAAGAUUCCACUCCCUAAGGGCUGCAACACGAGAGAAGAACUUCCUGGACGAGCUAUUUUCCCAUUUCUGCAGGUGCCAAUCCCCGUGGGAAAUAAUUAAAUUUCGCCAAACACAAUCAAACAAUUGGUGCCGGUCCGUCUGCCGUGGGAUAGAGCGUGAAAACGUCAAGGGCCUCUCGUAGCAAUCAGUUGCAGUUGAAUCGCUUCGGGGAAGAUGUGUGUUCAGGGGAAUCCAACAACAGCCAGUUACCUGUUUGGCGCGGGAAAGCGACGCAAAGAUAAAAAGCUUUUGCGACUAUUGAACCAUUAUUGAGCAUCAUAAUAAAAAUAAAGGAGAAACUCAGGUGAAAAAGUAUCUCUUGGGCAUCCAGUAUAAAAAUCCACACCGGACAAAGACUGUCGCUUGAGCCUUGGUUGUCUCUGGAAUGCUACAUACCGCAUGCAUGCAUUUUAUGGACGAAUUAAAUAGGCUGCCCUGAAUGAACCGUAGUGCAUUAAAACAGAGCUCGCGUGUUUUAGUACUAGCCACCAACCGUCGCGUUACCACCGCCGACAAUAACACACAGUAGCAGGGUGACUACAAACAUCCAUCGAACCACCAAGCAACCACAAUGCGGGAAUGGCUGAAAGUCUCGCUGAUGCUGUGCACGUUUGGCUUCUUCCGGGAGAUGCGCCCCUCGGAACCGUUCGUUACCGAGUUUCUGUCGGGCGAGUGGCGUGACAUUGAACCGGAGCAGUUGAACCGCGAAGUGUACCCCAUCGGCACGUACAGCUAUUUGGGACUGCUGGUGGUGGUUUUUCUCGUGACGGAUAUUUUGCGCUACAAAUCGAUAAUCAUUUUUUCUGCCUGCGUCGGAAUCGUGAUAUGGUCACUGCUGCUGUGGACUACCACAUUGGCCGCAUUGCAGGUGGUCCAGGUUCUGUAUGGAACGUACAUGGCUGCCGAGGUGGCAUACUACACGUACAUCUAUGCCAAGAUUAGCCGCGAUAAGUAUCAACAGGUAACGGGCAAUACCCGGGCGGCGAUCCUGAGUGGACGGUUUUUGGCAAGCGUAAUCGGUCAGGCUCUGGUUUCUUCCGGCGGCAUGGACCUACGUGAACUGAACUACAUCACGCUGGGAGCGCAAGCAUUUUCCCUGCUGUGGUCGUUCAUUUUACCACCGGUCAAAAGCAGCAUCUACUUCUACUCCUCCGGGGAGGACGCCGGCGACGACAGUAAAGGUCAAACGAAUUCCAACAGCAACGGCGGAGCAGUUCGGGCGGAAAUUGAAAAUGAUAGCCGCAGUGCCAGUACGAUUUCAGUUUGUAGUCGGAACGGCACCGUCACCGGCAACGGCAACGACAACGACGACAACCAAACGAAAUCGGAUGUUAAUCCCACCUCGGCUGCGGCAGUUGUCAGCUCCGUCGAAAGUCACAAACCCCAACAAGAUUUGGACGACAGCAACAGCAUCAGAAGCAGUAGCAGCACUUCAAAGGUUCGAUUUUCGUGCCACCGAGCCGGUCAUUUGCUGUGGACACACUUCACGGCGGCAUAUUCGAACCUCACAAUCGUGCAGUGGAGCCUGUGGUGGUCGCUGGCGAUGGCCGGCUUCAUUCAGGUGCAGGUCUACGUACAGCUGCUGUGGCAGGAAAUCGACCAGAAUCAGGAGUACCUGUACAAUGGCGGUGCGGAGGCUUUGUUGACCUUGCUCGGGGCCAUCAGUGCCAUGGCGGCCGGAUACGUGGCCAACCGGGUCUUUGAGCAGUGGACUUUGUGGGUUUUGACCGUCUGCUCCGCCCUGCAGGGUGGAUUGAUCCUGUACUCCGGCUUCUCGACAAAUAUUUGGGCAGCAUAUACCGUUUACAUUCUGUUCGGAGCGCUGUACAUGUUCAUGAUAACGAUGGCCAGUGCAACCGUGGCCAAAUAUCUGCAAGAGGACAGUUUUGGACUAAUUUUCGGCAUAAAUACGUUCGUGGCGUUGGCCUUCCAGUCCAUCCUGACCGUGGUGGUCAUUUCCGAGUCGGGCCUGAUGUUGACGCCACGGGGCCAGUUCAAAGUUUACGGUAGCUAUUUCCUGGCGCUGGCCGCGGUAUAUCUCGUUCCGGCCACUGUGAGCAGUGUGAGGCACUGCCGGGGGAGGAGCCGGGCACUGAAGGAGAAGGACGAUGGUAUUGGCGGCGAUGAGAGCGGAAAAGUUGAUUCUGGAAUGGAUUUGCAGCAGCACCAGCAACGGGUGGAACUGGAAGGGACUACUCAUUUUUAAUCGUUUUGUUGGUAAUUGUUUUGAGAAACGAGAAAGCAUGCUGGUUGGAUGGCCAUUAGUGUAAUGAAGCGUUACGAUUUAGAUAAGGUGCAAUAAAUUGUGAUAUGCGAGA